CAUGGGGUGUGCAAGUUCUUUCCUGCGUGAGAACUUGCGCAUGAAGAGGAAAGAAAAGCUGUGGAAUAACUCAUUCCAUUCAGUUCAUUAAUAUGUAAAACCUCUUAAAAAUCUUCUUUAUAAGAUGUCUUCAUACUUUAGUCUCUUUAUAUUUUUAUACGUAGUUAAUAUAUCUGAAAAAUCGUUCGGUGAGAUGUUCACUUCAAUGAUGAGCGUGAAGCAAGCGGUUUUCGCAGAAAGACAACUCGUGGAUUAUUUAAGAAUUUAUUUAGAACACGAAAUACAAAGACUUGACGAUAUUAAAAGGUUCUUCUCAAGAGUCACAUCAUUGCACAGUGGGAUAUACAAUGAGCCAUCAGCUACCAUAGCUAAUCCAAUUGUUGCAUUCAAACUGGUCAAAAGACUCAAGUCUGAAUGGAUGAAUGUUGUCAAUAGCAAUGAAGCAGAAGAAAAUAUUAAUGCCCUUAGGGAGGGCUACAGGAGGAUGGAAGGCAGCUUACCCAAGCUGGAGGACCUUCAGGGUGCAGCACAGGGGCUGAUGAGACUUCAGGAUGUGUACCAUCUACGUGUGGAGGGGCUUGUGCGAGGUCACUUCCAGCGAAUCACAGAUGGAAAUGCUAUGGACAUUUACAAACCUCCUGUGUCUGAUACACUAUCUGGGGAUGACUGCUUCCUUGUUGGAAAGGUGGCCUAUGAUUUGGAAGAUUACUACCAUUCUGUGCAUUGGUUUGAGGAGGCAGUUCGUCUCUUUCGAGGAAGAGAAUGGAGUCCAGAAAAUGAAGGCACACUUGAAGAUGCCCUUGACCAUUUAGCUUUCUCUCAUUUUAAGACUGGAAACAUAUCUUACGCCCUCAGUCUCUCCCAGGAACUAUUGCUUCAUGAUCCUAUGAACAGUAGGGUACAUUUCAAUGUGGAGAAGUAUGAGAAGCUCCUUGAAGAAAGUCCGCCUGUUACUAACCAAAGCUUGGAUUUGAAAAGGCCUGACUCCACCUAUCUGAGAACCAGGAAUGUCUAUGAGAAGCUGUGUCAAACAAAAGGUUCUCAGCCAAAACAUUUUGAGAACCCUAGGUUGUUCUGUGACUAUUUCACCAAUGGCAACCCUGGUCUACUUCUGCAACCAAUUAAACGAGAGCUAAUCAGCCUGCAACCUUAUGUUGUGCUCUUCCAUAGCUUUGUCACCCGAGCUGAAGCUAAAAGAAUCAAAGAAUAUGCUGUUCCAGGGCUCAGAAGGUCAGUUGUGGCAUCAGGAGUAAAUCAGGCCACUGCAGAAUAUCGCAUCAGCAAAAGUGCAUGGCUUAAAGAGUCAGCCCAUGGAGUUGUGGGCAAAGUGGACAGGCGCAUCAGUAUGGUCACUGGGUUGAAUGUGCAGCCUCCUUAUGCUGAAUAUCUCCAAGUUGUAAAUUAUGGCAUUGGAGGACACUAUGAACCUCAUUUUGACCAUGCCACAUCUGACUCUAGUCCAUUGUACAGACUAAAAACUGGGAAUCGAGUGGCUACAUUCAUGAUAUAUCUGAGCUCUGUGGAAGCAGGAGGAUUCACAGCCUUUAUUUAUGCUAACUUCAGUGUUCCUGUAGUGGAGAAUGGUGCUCUCUUCUGGUGGAAUCUUCAUAGAAAUGGUCAAGGAAAUGUUGACACUCUUCAUGCUGGCUGCCCUGUCAUAGUUGGCGAUAAAUGGGUUGCCAAUAAGUGGGUUCAUGAGUUUGGGCAGGAGUUCCAACGUCGCUGUAGUCUUAAUCCUGAGGAAUGAAGAAACCAACAGACCAUUUAAAGUACAAGAGUCAACCCUCCUAAAGGAGCAACAUUGGCAAGUGAUGGAAUGAAAGGCUGAAAAUGAAGGGGGGAGAGGUGUCUGCCUUAAUGGAUGAUUUGAGACCACAGCCUUAAGUUUGUUUGUGGGUUAAGGAGUGGUUUUGCAUGCAGCCCUUAGGGCAAGGUGACGUCUUCUUUCUGCUUCCCAAGAUAAACACCAGAAUGUUUGAUCAAAGUGGAAAAUACUGAUGUUUAUAUGAGUACUGUCAUCUUUUUGACAGCAAACAAUAUAUGUAUGUAUGUAAUGGAUAUAAUAUAAUGUAGAAAUAACUUGUAUCCAGUGUACAUCUAGUACAACUGUAACUUGUUGCAAACUAACUCCCAUAAAUGUAACCUUUGUAACGUUGUUUUUUUUUUUUUGUAAAGUAUUUAAUUUGCCUCAAAAAAGAUUUUUUUUAAAAUGUACAAUAUAUCAUUAUAUACUGUGUAACAUUGCUAUGAUGUAAAUCUGUCAUUUGUAGGUAAUUUGUAAUAACAAAUUAGUAAGAGCUAAGUACUUUAAAUAUGAUGUAAAUGUUCUAAUAGCUGUCAUUAUGUACAGUGCUGACAAAUGUCUGUGUGCAGAAUAUCCGUGAUUGUAAAACCUUGAAUGGAAUUUUUCUUUAAAACCACUGCAAGUCCUGAUUUUAGAUUCAUUAAGUUUAAUAGAGAGCACUGCUGUCCUCUGCUGUUGGAAUAAUAUAAGGGUUACUUGAUUAGGUGCACAUGCUUUAUCCAUGGCUUUGUCCUCACUAUGUUAACCACGUACAUGCCUUGCUUUCUUUAGUUAUGAUAAUUCAUAUUGAGAGGCUCCUGUAUUGGUUGACCUUAAACUAUGAUUAAGAAAAAAGAAAAAUCAGUUUAAUUAAUUUCUAAAAGUAGCUCUCACAAUGUUCUCUUUCCUUAUGAGUUGAAAGAUAACAAACAGCCCAGAUAGCAUGCGGAUGUGGGCCACUUAAGGCAAUGAUAUGGCACUGGUGGCCUUCUUAUGGCCCAUACAAAAUGGAUGUAAGCCUGAAGUGUCCCACAUGGGAGAUAAAUCGAUACUCAAAACCACGAAUACCAAUGCAGCGAUUGGCUGGCGGCAAGACAUCAAUGUAAUGACAUCAUAUGAUUAAAAAAGACACCCGACGAAAAGCUGGACAAAUUUCUGGAUGCUUUAUGAGGAAACAGCCAAGUGA